UGUAUCCCUUCUCUCCCGUCGCUGUCAGUCGCUGCAGGAUUUGUUGGAGUUUGGAGCGUCUCUGCAUCCGUGAGGAUGUUCUUGUGGCUUCUUUUGUUCCUGCCCGCCCCUUCCUUGGCUCAGCGAUCAGAGCCCAUGUUCUCAGCAAUAACCAAGACUGUCCUUCCUCCGGACCACGAAAACAACCCCACUCAGCUCAACUACGGCGUGGCCGUCACCGAUGUGGACGGCGACGGAGACCUGGAGAUAUUUGUGGCUGGCUACAACGGCCCAAACCUGGUGCUGAAGUACGACAAGCAGCAGAAAAGGCUUGUCAACAUCGCCGUUGACGACCGUAAUUCCCCGUUCUACGCCCUGAGAGACCGCCAUGGCAACGCCAUCGGAGUGACAGCAUGUGACAUAGAUGGGGAUGGACGGGAGGAGAUUUAUGUCCUCAACACCAAUAAUGCCUUCUCCGGUCGGGCAACAUAUUCCGAUAAGCUGUUCAAGUUUCGAAAUGGACGCUUUGAGGAUCUUCUAAGCGACGAUAUUAACGAACACCGAGACGUAGCCAACCCAAUGGCUGGGCGCUCAGUGGCCUGUGUGGACAGAAAGGGUACAGGUCGAUAUGCCAUCUACAUCGCUAACUAUGCCAGUGGAAAUGUGGGUCCUCAUGCUCUCAUAGAAAUGGACGAGGCAGCUAGUGAUCUUUCACAGGGUGUCGUUGCCCUCUCCAACGUGGCUGAGCAAGCUGGAGUCAACAAGUUAAUUGGUGGUAGGGGUGUUGUGGUGGGGCCCAUUGUUAGUCAAACUCUAUCGGAUGUCUUCUGCGACAAUGAGUAUGGAUCCAACUUCCUGUUCAGGAACAAUGGAGAUGGGACGUUUUCUGAUGUGGCGCAGCAGGCCGGUGUGGAAGACCCCAUGCAGCAUGGCAGAGGGGUGGCUCUGGCUGAUUUUAACCGUGAUGGCAGGACGGACAUUGUCUACGGGAACUGGAAUGGACCUCAUCGGCUGUUCAUGCAACUGAAUAACCGCAAACAGAAAUUCAAGGACAUAGCAUCGCAGAAGUUUUCCAUGCCGUCCCCGGUUCGAACCGUGAUUGUUGCAGACUUUGACAAUGACAACGAGCUGGAGGUGUUUUUCAACAACAUCGCGUACAGAGGCCCCUCAGCCAACAGACUCUUCAGGGUGAGCAGGAGAGAACAUGGGGACCCCCAGAUAGAAGAGUUAAAUAUUGGGGAAGCAGCAGAGCCUGAUGGACGGGGAACCGGAGCCGUUGCCACAGAUUUCGAUGGAGAUGGACAUCUGGAGCUCUUAGUGUCCCAUGGUGAGAGCGCUGCACAGCCCCUCUCUGUCUACAAAGUCAACCAGGGCUUCACUAAUUCAUGGCUGCGAGUGAUUCCUCGUACCCAGUUUGGGGCUUUUGCCAGAGGAGCGAAGGUGGUCGUGUACACAAAGAAGAGUGGCCCACACACACGGAUUAUUGAUGGAGGCUCAGGGUACCUGUGUGAGAUGGAGCCUGUGGCCCACUUUGGCCUUGGUAAAGAUGUAGCCACCAAUGUGGAGGUGUACUGGCCAGAUGGACGCUCAGUAGCCAGACCCCUGGAGCCUUCGGAAAUCAACUCAGUGCUAGAGAUCCACUAUCCAAGAGAUGAGGAUGAAAUAACUCCAACUGUGGAAAUAGAGUGCGGUCAUGGGUUUUCUCUGAACGAGAAUGGCCGUUGCACAGAUAAGGAUGAGUGUACCCAGUUCCCCUCUGUGUGUCCCUCUGACCGUCCUGUCUGCACCAACACCUUCGGCAGCUAUAAGUGCCGCGCCAAGAGGAGAUGCAACCAGGGCUUUGAGCCCAAUGAUGAUGGGUCAGCCUGUGUGGCCCAGGUGGCUUACUUUGGGGAGACACGGUCUUGCGGGGAAUGCAGUGAUUUCCACAUGCUUUCUCUCUGUACGCUACUACUCAUCUCAGCCUGUCUGCAAGUGGGACUGCUGUAGUUCUCACUGUUUUCCCCCUUCUGCACCACUGAACGGGGUUGUACAGAAACUCUCAAUGCAAACUUUUCACCAAAAAAGAAAAAAAAUCCCCUUCCUGCUUCUCCUGUGGAUUUCUGCUGUCUUUUUCCAUCAGGUAUUUACAGGCCACCCUUCCACCCCUUGUCGCCACUGCUGUUUGUCACCUUUUAGCUCCCGGCCCCCUCUGGACUUUAAAGAAACAUAGGGAAAGCAUGCCUGCUGGGAGCCACAAGGAUCAGGACUAAUUGUGUCACCUAUGGAGGCCCUUACUUCAUCACCUGACACGUAUCUUAGUGGGACCUGAACUGAGGCCAAAACCGCUAGUGGAGCUGCAGUGUAACCACUGCACACACGGAGGCAGAUCCACUGACUUAACAGACUUCAUUAGAUACACGCUGAGACCCGCUCUGUAUCUCCACCAUGACACGAUGCCAAUCCUUACAAUCACUCUCAUUCUGAUUAUGGACUUAUUGGAAUACUGAGGAACUCCAAGUUACAGCAGCUUUUGUGUGUAUAUUUACGUGUGUGUGUGCGUGUGUGCGUGUGUGUGUGUGUGUGUGUGUGUGUGUGUGUGUGUGUGUGUGUGUGUGUGUGUGUGUGUGUGUGUGUGUGUGUGUGUGUGUGUGUGUGUGUGUGUGUGUGUGUGUGUGUGUGUGUGUGUGUGCAUGCUGCAUUCAGAGACGUGGUUGGGUUGGAGAACAUAUGCCAGACCAUCUGUCUCCACUGGCACGUUACAUUUGGUUAUUGAUGAAUAAUACAAGAAGAUAAAAACAAGCGUAUACGUGAGCGAGCAUAUGAAAACAAAGGAUCAGAUUUGGAUGUUUAUGUGGGCAAAAAAGUGCACUUUAACCCCACGUCCCAAUCCCACCUUCAAAAAAAAACAAGACAAAAUGAUAUAUCUAAGUAAUAAAGACAGAGUAUCACGCACAUGAAGAUGAAAAGAAAUAUUAAAGCAACAAACACAAAAAUCAUCAUUCAUUUUAAUGUGGGACGGGCAGCAUUUUUUACACAAUACAAUCUCAGUGAUGACAGAGUUUAAGACUUUAGAAGUUGAGGCUUGUGAUACACCACAAUCUUAUUAAGUUCUGAUUUAUCUACCCUGUUGGCUGCAUUUUGAUGCAAGCUCACUGUUACCCUGCAAGCAUAUUACCUGUAUUUUAAAUAAUUACUAUCUCAAUAAAUAAUUUCUUGAAACAGGUGGAUGCUGUAAGUUCCUGUCAUCAGAAAGAAGCCAUAUGUGUUUGAGAUGGAAAUUAUUUUCAGCGGCACAUUUGGCAUGGAGCCCUGUAAUGUGUGUGUGUUUGUGUGUGUGUUGGAAAGAGGAGGUCAAAAGAAAGAAAAAAAUUGUUCCCAUGUACGUUGUAAUGAAGGUAGAUGCAUAUGAUUAAAAUCUGUGUACCUCACUAAUGUCCUUAAUAAUGCUGUUUCACUCAAGAUCUACUGGAACUGAGGUCAUUUUACGUGGCAGUCAAGGCCUAUAUAGAAUGGAAGAUAUAUAAAAAAUGUUACCCCUCCAUCCAAAAUGGAGGGAUGAAAGUAAUCAUCAAGCCUGAAAAUGAGUUGAAAAGCUAAAAGGAAAAAAAAGGGUGCUUACACUUCGUGUUGCAGGCAUCUCCUGGGACUGAUGUAGUCGAGCUGUCGGCCUGGUGUGCAUGCUAGCGGGGAACGGACAGACACAAUCUGACUGUGGUAAAUUGUAGCGGUGGUGCAGCCGUUAAUCUCAGCUGCCUUCAAUAAAAGUUUGCAGCUACGAGAUAAAAACGAGACAGUGUUGGUGGUAACUCUCAGCCCUCAGUCACUGUGGCUCUGCACAAAAUCAUUUCACAGUUUCCACCGAUUCCUGUAUUUGUGUUCACUCAACAAGUGGACCAAAAUGAAUUAAUAUGCUCUGCAAUGAUCUGGCAACCUGUCUAGGGGGUAUCCCACCUUAAUGACAGCAGGCAUAGGAAGCUGCUGGGCAUUUUCACCCUAAAUAAGAUUAAAGCAGGUAUAGAAAAUAGAGCAGCUAAGACAUGCACUUCAACUAUCAACCAUGUUAUGAGUCUACUGACUUGGAGCUUGAAUUCCCCCAAAAUAAAUCUGGUUCUCAAGCUGGUCUCCAUCAGCUGUGGCGCCAUCUUUUUUCUCAUCUUUAUUCUUCACAUAUGAAUCUAGUUCUUCAGCUCACCAUCCCUCUGCACAAGAUGGAAGUUCCACAAACUCUGAUCAGAGCAUGUUCGUGCAAUUAAAAUAAUUCACCAUGGACCUCUGCAUCCUGGCUGUGUUGUUUUGAUGUCUUUGUAAGUCAAAUAAUCCACGGAGAGUGACAGUGACCAUUUUAAUACGUUUUUGCUCAAAUAUGUCACAGGGUUGAAAGCAGUUAUUGAAUAGUAAGGACAAAAAGACACCUCUUUCUCAGCGCGCAUCACAUUCCUGACCAACGACUGGAACAAUAACCUGAGAACAACAUCCAUUGGUGUAGUAGUAGUCUGCACAAAACUUAAGUAUAUGAUCAAAUAAAAAAGAACAACUAUUUGCAGUAACGAUGUUAACAAUGUCGGUUGUAGCUGACCAAUUGUCAUAAUCAUGUGUUCAAAAUCUGUACCUGUUGUCUAGGAUGUGUUUUUAUAUGUGUUUUCAA